UGGCUGAUUAGAUUACACAGGUGGGCGUAGCCUCAAGAAAUGGGGACUCCAGUAAAAGAUGUAGAGUUGCCAGAUAGGCCAGAGCUACAGGAAUUAUUGUUAGAAAAACACGCAUCAUACAUUGAAACUUUUGAAAAGAAUAAAGAUGACCUUGAUUAUUGCAUGACCGAGUUUUUGCGUGUUAGUGGAAUCUACUGGUGCCUUACAGCAAUGGAUCUUAUUGGUCAAUUGGAUCGUAUGAAUAAAACAGAGAUUUUAGAUUACGUGAUGAGCUGCUUUGACAAAGAUACGGGUGGUUUUAGACCAGCAGUGAACCACGACCCACACUUACUGUACACCUUGAGCGCUGUACAGAUAUUAAUACUAUAUGAUUCAGUGUCUCUGAUUGAUAAAGACAGAAUAGUUUCAUUUGUUAGUAAACUCCAGCAACCUGACGGCUCUUUUGUUGGGGAUAGAUGGGGCGAAGUUGAUACCAGAUUUUCAUUCUGUGCACUAGCAACUCUCAGUCUUCUGGGUCGUCUUGAUGCUGUUGAUAUUGAGAAGUCAGUUCAGUUUAUAUCAUCAUGUAUGAAUUUCGAUGGAGGAUUCGGUGUCAUACCAGGUUCUGAAUCACACGCUGGUCAGGUAUAUUGUUGUGUAGGGUCACUAGCAAUUUGUAAAAGAUUAGAUGUUAUCAAUGCGGACCAGUUAGGCUGGUGGCUGUGUGAGCGACAGCUUCCUUCUGGGGGAUUAAACGGUCGUCCUGAGAAAUUACCUGAUGUCUGUUACUCCUGGUGGGUUCUGGCAUCUCUUAGUAUCAUUGGUAGGAUACACUGGAUUGAUAAGGAGAGACUCACUCAGUUCAUAAUGGCAACUCAAGAUGAUGAAACAGGAGGAUUCUCUGAUAGACCAGGAGACAUGGUUGAUCCUUUUCAUACCUUAUUUGGAUUGGCUGGUCUCUCAUUGCUAGGCAAUAGACAGAUCAAAGGAGUCAAUCUGAUUUUCUGUCUACCACAAAAUGUUAUCGAAAGACUUGAACUAGACUAUGAACUACUUAAAGAAUAAUUACUGAAUUGAUUAAU